AUUUUAUAACUGUUGUUCUGCAUGCUAAAGGUUCAUUUAAUUUCAUUCUUCUGAAAAAUUUACUGAGAUGAAAGCUUUAAAAACUAAAUAAUAUGCUCAAUAAUAAAUCUUAAAACAAAAUUAUUCCCAAUUAACUAUUCAAUAAAAAAUUUUGAGAAAUUAAAGAAACUAUAAAUAUUCCAGGCUAACAAUAAUGAUGAAAGGAUCACAAAUUACAAAUCAUAGAAAAUUUCCCGUUGAUGGAUGUCUACCUGAUAUUGAUUAUUCUGCUAUGAGAAUGAAAAAUUUAGAUGAUCAAGACUUAGACAGAGUUUUAAUGGAGUAUGAGUGUGUUCAAGUACAACGUGGUGAUACAAAUUCAAGUUCAGAAUUCAAUAUAACGCUUACAUCAAAUAAUGAGAAAAUUGUAGGCAAGGACAAAUACGAAGAAGUUUUCAUUGAAACAGUGAUUGAUGAAUACGGCGCUAAAUCGGGUGACCAAGUUGUACAAAUCGAUGGUGUAUCAGUCAGAAACUUGAAACAAGCUAAACAAUUACUUGAACGAUGUGGUAAUUCUGUCAGUCUUCUACUUCUAAGACCAAUCAGAAUUUCUAAUCUAGGUUGGGAAAGUACCGCUUCCAACGGAUCAAUCGAUAAAAAUGAUACGAGUAGUCAGUUUAUUCAGCAACCUCGAUUAUUUCCGCAUAUGGUGUAUACAACACCAGACCGGUUAACACAAACUAUAUGGCUGCAGCAAAAUAUAUUCCGUGAGAAAUUAAACGUUUUGUCAAAAAUUAACAGUGUUAUACAAGAUGAUACUAAUGUUAAAGGCGUAAACCCUAUUUCAAAUAUCAAUAAAAAUGGUGCUCAAACAAACGAAACUGAAAAACGAUAUGAAACACGCCUGCCGCAACAUUCCAAUUUAGAAACAGACAAGAAUAAUCUUACCUCUUGGACAAUUCGUCGAAGUGCAGACGGAACUCGGUAUAUAACGAAGAAAUAUAAAAGAUCAUCGGAACUGACAACCUGUAGAACAACUCGAAUAAAUGACAAUAACCGGUACCAGAGUGACAAAAGUCUAUCGAUUAGUCACACGAACUCAUCAAGCUCAGAUAUAUCUGAAUACCAUCAAACUUCAAAGCUUCAUUCUAAAUCGAUAUCACAUUUAGAAAACAAAACCAGCCGCCUACAAUGGAGUCACACAGACAAUAAUCCCAUUGAGAACAAAUUCAGUACCAAAAGAAAAGAAUCCAUAAAAUAUCCAGAGUACAAGGGACAGAAUACAGGUAUUCUAAAGAAGCCUACCGAUAACUUGUGUACACAGUCAAAUAUCCCAACGUCAAUAUUAAUGAAACCGCCUAUUCUAUUCCGACGAAGUCAUUCUGCCAAUGUAUCCCGUAAUACAAGUGUACAUUUUGAUCUUGACAAGAAACAGACAUCAUGCAUAGGAAAUCAAUCACAAUAUCAUAAACAGAAUUACAAAUUGAAGUCUUCUUCAAAUCAUAAAUCAGUUUCCGUGGUAACUAUGUAACAUGGAAUGCAUGAUUUCUGUAGACAUUUUGCAUAAGUGAAAAGCCAGGAGACAAGUGAUAACACUGUACAAUUUUAUACAACAAUUAAGCAUAAUAGUAUUAAUUUGAAUUAGAUUUGAUCAAAAUUAUUUUCAAGUAAAACUUUCUAUUGUUAUUCAUAUGUAAUUUUCUAAAAGUUGGAAAGAAAGAAAGAUAACGACUUUUCCAGUUCUGCGCAGUUUUGAUGAAAUCAGGUGUUUUUUUCCUUUUUAAUCAUGCUAGCUUAUAUCCUAAAAUACC